AUGAUUUACACGGCCAACGUCGGCACCCUAUCGGCUACUGUACCUCAAACACUGCCCUAUUAUCUAUUGUGCCCACUGUCAAGCCACAAACACAAACGCGCCUCUCAUCACUUACACCGUCGCUCUCUUACCUCUUCGAAUCAAAUGGCUUACAACCAAUCCAGAACCUACAACCAACAACCCCAUGCCGUCCAGCCCAUGCAAGCCGGCGGCAACCGCAAUGCGCUGAACCUUCCUAUGGUCGAUGGCCAGCGUGAAUGGUCGCACGGCGUCUUCGACUGUCUCUCCGACCCCCUUACUUGCGUCGUCUCCUGGUUCCUCCCUUGUGUCUCUUACGGCCGUAACCGUGCGCGAUACACCGCGCUCGAGAAUGGCGGCGUCAGCAAAGACCCCAUGGAAGGUAUUAUCAGCAACGACUCGAUCAUCUACGGUGUUGCUGCUUGCUUCGGCUGUGGUGGUCUGAUUGGCAUGGGCGGAAGGACACAAACACGUGGUCGUUACUCCAUCCAGGGCGACGGUGCAACCGACUGCCUGCUUGCCUGCUUCUGCGCACCGUGUUCCCUUACUCAAGAGAGCCGCGAGCUCGAGCUCGAAGAGCAAAGCCUGAACCACCCCGGUGCUGGCUUCUCCAUGUUUAUGAACCAGGCCCAGACCGCCACCAAGACACAGCAAAACUAA